AGCCAACCUUCAGUUUUAUUGACCAUAACUAAAAAUAAAAUAAAAUAAAAUAAAAUUAUGGAAUGAGUCAGUCGCUGAGGGACUCACCUCUCUCCUCCUCCUUAAUUUAAUUCCCUCGACACAUUUAUGCCAAUCUGCACCUCUGAGUAAUCAUUCAAUACCAAAAACCCCUCCCUAAACCCGACCCGAACCCAUGGCGAGACGCUCCUUACCCCUUCUUAAACACCUCCUGUCCUCCCCCUCCCCCUCCCCCUCCACCACCCCCACCCUCCGCAGAUCCGUAACCUAUAUGCCACGCCCUGGCGACGGGGAACCACGACCGGUAACCUUGAUCCCCGGCGAUGGAAUCGGCCCUUUAGUCACCAACGCCGUCGAACAAGUCAUGGAAGCAAUGCACGCGCCAGUAUAUUUCGAGAAAUACGAGGUCCAUGGCGACAUGAUGAGAGUGCCAUCGGAAGUGAUGGAAUCGAUCAAGAAAAACAAAGUCUGCUUGAAAGGAGGUUUGACGACGCCUAUGGGAGGAGGAGUUAGUUCAUUGAACUUGCAAUUGAGGAAGGAGUUGGAUUUGUAUGCGUCGCUGGUGAACUGUUUUAAUCUGCCAGGGUUGCCUACGCGACACCAAAAUGUUGAUAUUGUUGUUAUUAGGGAGAAUACGGAGGGGGAAUAUGCCGGCUUGGAGCAUGAAGUGGUUCCUGGUGUUGUUGAGAGUCUCAAGGUGAUAACAAAGUUCUGCUCAGAGCGCAUUGCAAAAUAUGCUUUUGAGUAUGCUUACCUGAAUAACCGGAAGAAAGUGACCGCUGUGCACAAAGCAAACAUUAUGAAGCUCGCAGAUGGUUUGUUCUUGGAAUCUUGUAGGGAAGUUGCUACAAAAUAUCCUGGAAUCAAAUACAAUGAAAUUAUCGUGGACAAUUGCUGCAUGCAACUUGUCUCGAAGCCUGAGCAAUUUGAUGUCAUGGUGACGCCUAAUCUGUAUGGCAAUCUCGUUGCAAAUACAGCUGCAGGUAUUGCUGGUGGCUCUGGAGUCAUGCCAGGAGGCAAUGUUGGGGCUGAUCAUGCUAUAUUUGAGCAAGGCGCUUCAGCAGGAAAUGUAGGAAAUGAGAAACUAUUGGAACAGAAGACAGCAAACCCAGUUGCGGUGCUUCUCUCUUCUGCCAUGAUGCUAAGACAUCUCCAGUUCCCUUCUUUUGCUGAUCGAUUAGAAACUGCAGUCAAACAGGUAAUCUCAGAGGGCCGUUACCGAACAAAAGAUCUAGGAGGAUCCAGCACCACCCAAGAGGUUGUUGAUGCAGUCAUAGGCGCUUUAGACUGACUGGGUCGAUACUCAUUUAGCUGCUCCUCUCACUAAAACAUUUGCUGGUGCUGCUCAGAAGUUUCACCUUCCAGUAUUCUUUCUCACGCGUCUACAUUUUUGGAUUUUAUGUCAACCACACUCAAGAUUUUAUCUUUUAUUUCUUACGUUUAAUAAAUCUCAAUCCCAUAUGAUGAAUGAUGUUGCUAUUUGAGUUAUAUACCUGUAAAGGCGAAAAGAUGGUCAGAUUCCUGAAGCCUAAUUUGUAUUAUAAUACCGUGGAAGUCAUGGCAACAUUCCAGGGAAAUCGAAUUUGAAUAUGCUUGUCUACCUUUUACACUGAUAAAGACCACUCUGUAUGUGUCAUAGUUGCACAAGGUUUUGAAGAGCAAUCAAAUUUAUGGAUAUAUGCAAGAAGCAACCCUUUUCUUCCU